AUGGUGGCCAGUCUAGGUGACCACAGGAGGUGCCCUGUGCCCCCUCUGAUGCCCACCCUGACCUGCCUGGCUCACUCACCUCCCUGCUCCUGGCUGCUGGCACUGCUCCUUGUCCUCUCUGGACUUUCUGAGCAGAGCAAGGGGAGUGAGUGGCAGGUGCUGCAGCCCGAGGGCCCCAUGCUGGUGGCAGAAGGGGAAACACUCCUGCUGAGAUGUACAGUAGUCGGCUCCUGCACUGAUGACAUGAUAAAGUGGCUCAAGGUGAGCAACCAGAACCAGCAGGAAAUUUACAGCUUCAAGCAUGGCUUCUUCCCCGGGGUGAUGCCUGUGAUCCAGAAGAUGCUGGUGCCGCUUAAUUGCGACUAUUCCAUCUACAUCCACAAUGUCACCAGGAAACAUGUUGGAACCUACCACUGUGUGAGAUCUGAUGGCUCAAGUGAGUACUCAGGCAAGAUGCUGGAUGAAGGCACCUCCGUGCUUGUGAAGGGUCCUGGGAACACAGGGCCAGACCUCUGGAUCAUCCAACCCCAGGAAUUGGUGUUAGCAACCACUGGAGACACCGUCUUUCUGAAUUGCACAGUGCUUGGAGUUGGUCCCCCAGGACCCAUCAGGUGGUUUCGGGGGACUGGUCUGAGCCGGGAGGCCAUCUACAACUUUAGAGGCAUCUCCUACUCCAAUGUGACUGCGGUCCAGGCCUCCAAGAAUGAUUUCAGCAUUCUUCUGCAUGGCAUCUCCAUUGAGCAUGCAGGAACUUACUAUUGUGUAAAGUUUCAGAGUAAACUCAACAGGCAGUACCUAUCCGGACAGGGCACCAGGUUGAGAGUCAAAGCAAAUCACACUUCUCUCAAAGAGUCAGAAUUCACCAAGGAACGUUCAGCCAAGGUAUUUCCAUCAGGAUUCCUGUCUGUCCUCACACUUGUGGUCCUGGGACUGAAAACUGCGACCUUGGCUGCACUCUUGCUGCCCCUGGUUAUCUGUUGGAGAAGCUCUUGA